UCCUGAUAUGCUGCUGAAUAUCACCUGCGAAGAAGUUUUACCCGCAGUAUUUACUACAACUACAUCAGUAACCACAACUACUUCACCAACAACAACUACCCCACAACCAACAACACCACAAACAACAACAACUACACCACAACCAGCAACAACUACACCACAACCAACAACAACACAACCAACAACAACACCACCACAACAAAUAACAACUACAUCACAACCAACAACUACACCACAACCAACAACAACACCACAACCAACAACAACUACACUACAACCAACCACUACACCACAACCAACAACUACACCACAACCAACAACAACUACACCACAACCAACCACUACACCACAACCAACAACUACACCACAACCAACAACAACUUCACCACAACCAACAACUACACCACAACCAACAAGUACACCACAACCAACAACAACUACACCACAACCAACAACAACUACACCACAACCAACAAGUACACCACAACCAACAACUACACCACACCCAACAACAACUACACCACACCCAACUACUACACCACAACCAACAACUACACCACAACCAACAACACCUAUACCACAACCAACAACAACGCCACAACCAACAGCAAAUAAGCCACUACCAACAACAACUGCACCACAAAUACCAACCGUAAUUCAGACAACUAAGACUACUGCAAUCCCUAUAGCUGAGAAGAAAGUGGGCGGCAAGAUGAAUCAACUGUAUUAUCUGGCCAUCUUCAUUCCUAUCGGCGUCGCUAUCACCCUUUUCGUCAUCUUCUUCAUGUGGUGUUACUAUAAGAGGACCAGUAAUAAUCAUAAUAUGAUGGCUCAUCUAUCAAAACAAAGAACGAAAUCAGAAAAAAUCCGCUUCCUCUCGAUGGACGAAAUCAUCAAGCGCGAGAACGGUACCCUGAAUCGAUUCAGUAAUGGUUCACGGCCAGGAUCUUUAUACAGUGUCAGGAAACCAGUAUACGCAGUGGGGCCAAACCGGAAUUCUGCACCGCAAUCCGUAAAAGAAAACCCUAUCUAUUCACAGCCAAUGAGAUCUGUACCAUAUAUAAUACCGGAGUCUACUGAUCUCCAAGAUGACGGCGGAAACGCGCCCGGGAAACAUGUUUCUUAUAUCCGCCUGCGAGACAGUCGGAAAACACCCAUGACAAACGGUGGUCCAGGCGGAAAUGACGGCCCAGUGUCUAACUCGGCAUUUGCCCUUACCCAGUCUAUAAAAGACUUGUCAGAUGUCUAUGACCCCAGCAAUUCCUCUCCAGAAUCGACUUCACUCGAUCACGAAAAAUCAAAACCCGAAAGUGUUUUGAAUAAGAACAAAAUGUUAGAAGAUGGGGCAGUUACCAUCCAUGUAAACAAUAUAAGUAACCCGAGCGUUCCUUCCUCGACAAGGUCCGGACCGUCUUCGGUUAACUCCGGAAGCUAAAAGAUUCGUUUCAAAAGCGUUCGGACGUCCAAAAAUGAUUCGGAAUCAUUAUGAAACAACUGAGAAAAUCAAAUACUUGUUUCUAGACAAACCGAGGAAAUAUUUAGCGGAUAAAGACAUAUACGUAUGAUCUACUAAUGUUUGAGAUGUGAUAAUUAAGAGUUAUUUCAAAAAAGUUAUGCUUAAAUCCCCUGCCAUCCAUAUUAAGUUGUCGCUACAGCCUACAAUAAAAAUCAAUCUUGUAUUGGAAAAUACAUGGUUGCUUCUUUAGUAAAUGAAAGAAACAGAGGAUGCCAUGUUUGUGUUAAAAACAGUUAGGUCUUUUAAGCCAGGUCUAAGAACCUUAAACUACGAUAACUGACGAGCUGUUAAAGUAUCAUACCUGUUUUCAACAGUUACCUGCUAUCCCAUUGAUUUAUACAAUCUUGCAAUUAUAUUCCUUAAUUUCACGUUGUAGGAUCACUUUUCUUUAUUUUAAUUACAAACACAAAGAAAAUUGCUGUUAAACACGCACAUUUUCUAAGAGGUAUGAAAAUAAAUAUAAGCGCGCUCAAUACUGUAUGCGGUUGCUGUGUUUAACAAAGUGGGAAUGUAUCAUAGUUUAUACCGCGGUGUAUUAUUUCAGCCUCACCAUGGAAAAAGGGGAAUUUAAUGUAUAUGUGAAAAGUGUCGUCCCAUAUUAGCCUGUUCAGUCCGCAGAGGAUAGAUAAGGACGACACUUUCCCGCAUUAAUAGUAUUUUAAGGAAGUUUAAAGAAAGUCUCUUCUUUGUGAAAAUCAAAUUUAAGACGAAAGUGUCGUCCCUGAUUACCUUAUGCAGACUGCACAGGCUAAUCUAAAACAAUUAUUUUUAAACAUAAAUUAAGCCCAGUUUUCACAGAGCGACGCUAAGUUCAUGAAUGUAGGCUUGAUGAUGUGAUAUAUGCCUUUUAGAGGCAAUAUAGA